UCACUUGCUCCGCAGCGCCGUUCGGCUCACGUUACCAUGGUGAUUUUGCACCGGUAGGAAGUAAACCUUCGUAAGGGGGAAACACAACAGAGGGAAACCUGAAGUUACCUCGAUAACCGCAAAACCCUGCUUCGUGGUACAGGCCUCGGUCGGGCUGGCAUGCCAAAAAUAAAUCUCCAGCUUUUCCAUUAGUGUAGGAAAAAAAAUAAUGGCAAAGAAAGGGAAGAAGCCGAGCGAAACUCCGUGCAAGGAGACGUUUGAGGUUGUACCUGUUGAGGGCAAAACCCCAGCAACAGUCGUGCUGCUGCUGAGCUCACCAGAGGAGGAUAUCCUCAUUAAAGCCUCUGAAGCAAUCCAUACAUUUGCAGAGAAAGGAGAUGAGAACAAAAUUACUUUGCUGGGACUCGGGGCGUUGGAGCCUCUCUGUCAGCUCAUCACUCACAGCAACAAGCUGGUCAGACGCAACGCCUUCAUGGCCCUGGGCAUCAUGGCCAUCAACGGAGAUGUAAAGAGUGCUUUGGAAAGAAUCCAUGUCAUUCCAUCAAUCAUAGACAAACUAUCACUUGAAGAAGAUAUAGUUGUCCAUGAGUUUGCCACGCUGUGCCUGGCCUCUCUGUCACUGGAUUUUGUGUCCAAGGUCCAGAUCUUUGACAGCAAUGGCUUGCCUCCUCUAAUUCAGCUUCUGUCCAGCCCAGACCCAGAUGUUCAGAAGAACUCGCUAGAGAUCAUCUUGAACCUAGUUCAGGACUACCAGUGUCGUGUGGUGGUACACGAGUUUGGUGGGAUCCCUCCACUUCUGGAGCUGCUGAAGUCGGACUUUCCUGUCAUUCAGCAUUUGGCGUUAGAGACACUACAGAAUGUCACCACUGAUAGAGAGACACGCAACACCUUCAGGGAAGAGCAGGGAUUUGAGAAGCUCAUGGAUAUCCUUAAUAACACGGCCGUUAGUGACCUUCACGCUGAGGCCUUAGAUGCAUUGGCAAACUAUUUGAGUGACAGUGAGAGUGUACAGCAGAUCCACGAGAGCGGAGGCCUGACCCGGCUGAUGGAUUUUUUUCUCACACCCAACUUGCCUGAAAUCCAGUCCAACGUUGUUAAAUGCAUCACCAGGGUUGCUCAGAGCCCUGAAAAUCGCAAACUGCUCCAUGAGCAGCAUGUGGAGAAGGUUCUGGUGGAAUAUCUGUCCGUGGAGGACAAUGGCGUGAAAAUGUCCACCUGUCAGGCUGUGGCUGCCAUGAGCCUCCACCUGGACAGUAAAGGCCGCUUCCAAGAACUGGGUGGUAUCCCUGCAUUGGUGGAUGGGUUGUGUACUGAGUGUUUGAAGCUGAGAGAGGCAGCAACCCAGGCCCUCGCUAUCCUCACACAUAGCAACGACACCAGUGCAAUGGCGCUGUACGAGGCAGGAGGCCACGAGAUCCUUGUCCAGCAGCUGCAAGGAAGCUGCGCUAGGUCGGUAGCCAAUGCUGCUGCCGCGCUCUGCAACAUGGCGGGACAAGAAGUCAUUCGCUGCAGCAUCUUGGCACAUGGAGUCAUGCAGGCUCUGGUGGAGCCCAUGAAGUCCACAGAUACACAGGUCUUGGUCAACGCCACACUGUGUCUGGCAGUGCUAGCCUGUGACACGGAAGCUAGGGCAGAGCUACAGAGUGCUGGGGGCCUUCAACCACUUGUCAAUUUGCUGCGAUCCUAUCACAAUGAGGUGUUGCAGAAUGCAUGCUUGGCAGUUAAUGUCUGUGCCAGCGAUGAGCCCGCUGCUGUGGAGAUGUGCAAAUUUGGAGCCCUCGAACUGCUUCGGGAAAUCAACCAGUCGGCGAAUCGCAGGAGCAGUUUCAGCGAGUUGGCCAUGAUCAGCCUGCUCAACUCCAACUUGUCUGUUAAAUACAGCUUGACAGGUCAUUUAGCCUUCACUGACAUAGUUAGUGAUGGCUUCUACGACGCCGGGCAGGCUCGUGCAGGACAGAGGGUUCUGAGUUUAGAGGAACUGUCUAAGAAGCCAGUCAAUCAGCAGCGGCCCAUUAUUGUUAUCAACACAACAACAGAGGAGAAGACAGAAGAUGACGGACAGAAAGACGAGAGCCAGCCUGGGUCUCCUACGGAGGAACCAUGGAAGAUGAUGGACGACGUCUCAUUGCAGGUUCUAGUUAAAGAAACCAAAGAAUCCAUCCUCCCGCUGGAUGACGAACGAGAGCAGUGCACUGCCUUGGCCAGGAUGGUGAGUGAAGCCAUGGGAGGAGCAGUGGAGAUGGAGAAGUUGCACGAAUUCCCAUGGGUAUUGCACCUCAGCGAGCUCAAGUUUCAACUUCAGUCCAACGUCAUUCCCAUCGGCAUGAUCACCAGAGGAAUCUACUGCCACAGGGCACUUCUCUUCAAGUGUCUGGCUGAUUGCAUCGGAAUGAGCAGCACACUCGUUCGGGGCGAGUACAACCGGGCUUGGAACGAGGUUCUCCUCCUCAGUGGGAAUCCCUCCUCCAGCAGUGGCCGCUACAUGGUAGACCUAAUGCACCAGCCUGGAAGGCUGCUGGCUCCUAGUACCCCUGCUGCUGUGCAGUACCAGACUAUAUAGGCCAGAAAUACUCCACGUUUCAUUUGUGUUGUAUGUUGCAAUUCAUACCAUACAACCGACUAUCAGACUAUCAUUAUUUUGCUGCAUGCACAAUGCCAAAGAAUAAAAAAAUGCUGUCUGUCAAUGAAUGAGGCGUCUAAUCCGCACUGACCUCAACUUUUUCCACUGAGGAUUUGCAGAGGUGUGUGUGUGUGUGUGUGUGUGUGUGCCCAAAUACAUUUUUUUUAAAAUA